UGUCAAACUGACAUGACGCGCCGCCAUAUUGAAAAAGCCUCCGCAAUCAAGCCUAGUGUAACACCGAAAAACUCAAUUAUUUCACAAUUUGAACGAUAAUUCCAUAAAAAAUAAACAAAUAGGGACCAAACUACAUUAAAAAAAACCCCAUCUUUAACGCUUUAUACCAAAAACACACCCUCGGCAAGGUGUCCGUUCCUAUAGUAGAUGGUUAACAUGAGCGACGACAAAGAUAAAGAACGUGAGCGUAGCAGGGAACGCGACGGUCCAAACAAAGAGCGUCGCAGGAGGUCCAGGUCGAGGGAGCACAGGAGACGCUCCAGGACUCGUUCAAGGGAAAGGAGGAGGAGCAGGUCCAGAUCUCCCAGGGGCCCUCCCGGCGCACACAGAAACAGCCACUCGAGAAGACGGAAGCCCUCGCUGUACUGGGAUGUACCGCCUCCGGGGUUCGAACAUAUUACCCCUCUGCAAUACAAGGCUAUGCAGGCAGCGGGGCAGAUUCCUGCCAAUAUUGUGGCGGAUACCCCACAGGCUGCUGUUCCUGUUGUCGGUUCAACUAUUACCAGGCAGGCCAGAAGGUUGUAUGUUGGUAACAUUCCAUUUGGAGUGACAGAGGACGAAAUGAUGGAAUACUUCAAUCAGCAAAUGCACCUGAGCGGUUUGGCACAGGCGGCCGGAAAUCCGGUGCUCGCCUGCCAAAUCAACCUGGACAAGAAUUUCGCCUUCUUGGAGUUCAGGUCGAUCGACGAGACGACACAAGCGAUGGCUUUCGAUGGCAUCAAUUUCAAAGGUCAAUCGUUAAAAAUCCGACGUCCCCACGAUUACCAACCGAUGCCGGGCAUGUCGGAGAAUUCCAUCAGUGUGCCGGCGGGGGUGAUAAGUACCGUGGUACCCGACUCGCCUCAUAAAAUAUUUAUCGGGGGGUUACCCAAUUAUUUGAACGAGGACCAGGUAAAAGAGUUACUGAUGUCUUUCGGACAAUUGAGGGCGUUCAAUUUGGUCAAGGACACGGCCUUUGGCUUGAGCAAAGGCUACGCUUUCGCCGAAUAUAUCGACAUUACUAUGACGGAUCAGGCUAUAGCGGGAUUGAAUGGAAUGCAACUGGGCGAUAAACGAUUGAUCGUUCAGAGGGCGAGUGUGGGGGCGAAGAAUGCGACGGUGUUGCCCGCCGUACAGAUUCAGGUGCCGGGGCUCAGUCUCGUGGGGGCCUCGGGACCCCCCACCGAAGUUUUGUGUCUUCUUAACAUGGUUACUCCGGACGAGCUGAAGGACGAAGAAGAAUACGAGGACAUCCUCGAAGACAUCAAGGAGGAAUGCAAUAAAUACGGCGUGGUGAGGAGUAUAGAAAUCCCACGGCCGAUAGAGGGCGUCGAGGUGCCCGGCUGCGGCAAGGUUUUCGUGGAGUUCAACUCGGUGCUGGACUGUCAGAAGGCGCAACAGACCUUAACCGGUCGCAAGUUCAGCAAUCGGGUGGUGGUGACGUCAUACUUCGAUCCGGACAAGUAUCACAGGCGUGAGUUUUAGUUUACUGAAGGGAGUUUCCCCCGAAUGCGUUUUCCUUUUAGGUCGUUUAAGCGUAUCGUAUUGUAUUUUUGUUUUUAAUUAUAAAUUAAUUAUCUAAUGUCCAGUUUAUUUGGCAAAUAAGUAGGAUAAGUUCGUGUUGGUUUUUAUCCUGCCAUGUAAUAAAUAAAUACUUGAUUGGUGAUUUA